UCAAAGUAAUUACAGUCUUCUGCCAAUUGCCAAAACUUCUUCAAUUUGUUCAAUCUUCAAUUUGUUUCUUCUCUUGCAAAUUACGCGUUAAUCUUCAAUUGGUUAAAAAUUCUCCAAAAAGUAGCAGUUUUCCAAACCUUUUUAUACGUUAUUCUAUCGAAAGUGUUAACUUUUCUCUCAAUUAUACAUUUAUUACAGCUAAAGAUCAUCAAAAGACAAGUUUUAUUGCAUCCCAGACUCCAAAUCCUUAUACCCAGCUCUUUGUGAUUUGAUAUGGUCAUUGGAUGACCAUGUCAAGGAAAUCAGACCUCUAUCUUUCACCUUGUGGCAUACUGGAUUUUAAGUGGACUGGUUGAAUGGAUAAGAAAAAUAUAGAUGAUCAUGAGCUGGGACCGCUUCCGUCACCAAAACAAUUAGACAGAUUUGGCUUUGUCAAACAUGACCUUAAUAAUUCCCCUGAUGGCAUAAGCAAGGGCAGGUCAGCACAUGAAUUUCAAAGAGAGGAAAGGAAGAUAAGAAAAUGGAGGAAGAUGAUAGGAGUUGGAGGGAGUGACUGGAAGCAUUAUGUCAGGAGAAAACCUCACGUGGUUCAGAGGCGUAUCAGGAAAGGAAUUCCAGAUUGUUUAAGGGGUCUUGUUUGGCAGUUGAUCUCCGGAAGUAGAGACCUUUUAUUGAUGAAUCCUGGGGUUUAUCAGCAAUUACUCAUAUAUGAAACAUCAGCAUCUGAGGGGGAUAUAAUUCGAGAUAUUUCCCGUACCUUCCCUUCACAUGUUUUCUUUCAACAGAUACAUGGACCUGGUCAAAGGUCCCUUUACAAUGUUUUGAAAGCAUAUUCUGUCUAUGACAGAGAUGUUGGAUAUGUUCAGGGAAUGGGUUUUGUAGCUGGUUUAUUGCUUCUUUAUAUGAGUGAAGAGGAUGCAUUUUGGUUGUUGGUUGCUUUACUGAAAGGAGCAGUACAUGCUCCAAUCGAAGGAUUAUAUCAGGUAGGGCUGCCCCUCGUACAACAGUAUCUGUUUCAGUUUGACCACUUGGUGAGCGAGCAUUUGCCAAAGCUGGGAGAGCAUUACAGCCAAGAAAUGGUAAAUCCUAGCAUGUAUGCAAGCCAAUGGUUUAUUACAGUUUUCUCUAAUUCUUUCCCCUUCCAUUUGGCUCUUCGAAUUUGGGAUGUCUUCCUCUAUGAGGGUGUUAAGGUUGUUUUUAAAGUGGGUUUGGCUCUUUUAAAAUAUUGCCACGAUGACUUGGUAAAAUUACCCUUUGAGAAACUCAUACCCGCUUUGAAAAACUUUCCUGAGGAUGCAAUGGAUCCGGAUACAUUGUUACCAAUGGCUUACACAUUCAAGGUGUCGAAGCGAUUGGAAGAACUGAAACAGGAGUAUGACAAGCAGAACGAGUCACAAAUUAGUGAUGAUCAGAAGCAGUUGCAAUGAAGGUUUUUUCUCUUCUCUGGAAGAACUACGCCUUAAGUUUACCAGAAUCAUGAUUUUAAUUAUUUAUUCUUUUGGCAAUGCAGCUGUCUACCAUGAUGACCGUAAAUUAAAAUGUUUCACAUUUGUCUUGGAUGAUUGUUCAUAGUUGUCGAUAUCCAUCCGAAUCACGUGUUACAUGUUGAA